UCAGCAUUUCAGAGACUGGACCUAGGUAAAUUACUCUGCUACAAUAUUUUAUGAAGUAAGCUAUUCGAUUAUCUUCGAUAAUAAAAGUUCGCACGCACUCAUUAUCUAACCAACGUUUCUGCCUGGGUGGAAGUUAUUCUUCGCACUCGCAGCAAGAUGUCUAUUCACAAUACCUCCACAUUAUACAGGACCGUCAGCGUCUCGUCGGACCCAGCCACCACAGUUUUAUCGCAGGGCCAAUACAUCGACGGUUACAGAACUAUGAGUGUUUCAUCUGCUCCGGUACAGUAUGGAAUCGGUAAUGGAUACGAGACCGUGCGCUACCUGAUGCCCGUUCAGCAGGCGAUUCAGCAGCAGCAGAUGCAGUAUGUGCUGGUCAACCAACCCUCCCAGGUUAUGCAGCAGAUGGUGUCACCUGUAUGUUUGCAGAAUAUCCAGAGGGUCAGUGUAAAUAGUUCAGAACAAUCGGACAUCUACCGACAACAAAUUGUAGAGGAGGUAGAAGAGGUGGAGGAGGUUAAAGAGCAAAUGGUGAACAUCGUGAAGGAGAAGGUGGUGAAGAGGGUGAUAGAGGACGUGUCUCAGGUGGGGAUAAAGAGUGAGGUGAGGGAGGUGGAGCCUGUGGUGAAGAUGGACACACGUUUCUUCGGAGAGCUGCUGGCGGAGGUUUACAGGAAGAACUGUGACAUCCACACCUGCAUCUCAGAACACGUGGCCAAGAUACGUGGAAGGAAACACCUCUUAGAUCCCAGUAAUGACUACAAGGUAGAGAGAGAGGACAUUGAGGCCCUGAUCCCCAAAGGAGCAUCUGAGCUGACCAAACAGCAGAUCCGCUACCUGCUGCAGACCCGUUUGACAGCAGACAAGACCAUGCGUCUCCUUCUGACUACCUUCAGCAGUCUGAGGGAGGAGCUGAUCCACAUGUCAGAGGACCUGAGGCGUCUGGAGAGUGAGAAGCAGUCCCUGGAGAGAGACCUGAGCUUCAAGGCUGACCAGGCUGAGCAGUAUGACCGCCUCCUAGAGGCCAUACGAGAGAACAACAGACAGCUACAGAUAUCUCUGAAGGAAAGCAGCUCCAGCCAGCGGACCCUGGAGACUCAGCUCCUGAGCAGCCGCACUACAGACUCAGGCAGGGACUUCCGCAUCAAAGAACUGGAGGGCAGCUACCGAGCCAUGGAGAAGGAAAACGAGAUGCUCAAACAGAAGUUGGCUGGCCAGUGCAGCAGUAGCACCAUUCAGAUGAAGACAGAGGAGCUGUCACGUCAGUACUCGGAGCAGCUAGCUGCCCUGCGCCAGGAGAAGGACAAGGAACUGCAGAGCCUCAGGACCCAGCUGACACGGAUCACCACAGAGUACACCACAGAGAGGUCAGGUGACAAGAGCCUGCAGCUCCGCAUCACACAGCUGCUGGCAACACUGGAGCAGCGGGAGGUCAUCAUCAAACGUCAGGAAGAGGAGAUUUGGCGGUUGCAGCAGGAGAAGAAGAGCGAAGGCUCCAGGAACGUCACCACGACCACUAUCACCAAAAGGUACAGGAACCAGUACCCUCUCCUGGGCCUGCUGACUGAUGACUACAAUUCCACAUCGCCCGUCAAGGAUACCAAGACCAUCGUAAUCCAGAGCCGGACGGGGGAGAUGAUCAAACAGGAAAUCAUUACGACCCCUUAAAGACACUGCUUCUCUCUGCUCUGCACAGGAAUGAACGACAAGAAGACCCUGACGUUCCCCACCCCCAUCCCCUCCUUCCCUCCCUCCUUCCCCCCGCAUGCUUCCCUCUCCCCCUCCCUCGUCCUCAGGGCUCCCAGGGUGGUGGUGGUAGGGGUUCAGCACCCCAAUAUUUGGGAUGGGUGGUUUGGACCAAAUGGGGUUUGCUUGGACGGGAGGCUUCACUUUGGUUGGGAUGGGGGGCAUCAAAUACUCAACGACCAAAUAUGUUAUAGUAGAAGCUUAGCAGUUAGGAGUGUUAGGCCAGUAACCGAAAGGUUGCUGGUUCGAAAUCCCUGAGCCGAAUAGGUGAAAAAUCUUUCUGUGCCCUUGAGAAAAGCACUUAACCCUAAUUGCUCCUGUAAGUCGCUCUGGAUAAGAGCAUCUGCUAAAUGACUAAAA